AUGGCACCUCAGUCCUCCAUCCCCGUCGCGGCGACAGUCCUGGGGACAAUAGGCACGAUCUUGUGGUGCAUCCAGCUCGUGCCCCAGAUACGGACCAACUGGCGCACGAAGUCGACCGACGGCCUGCCCGGGUCCAUGAUGUUCCUCUGGGCCAUGUGCGGCGUGCCCUUCGGCGCCUACAGCAUCAUCCAGAAUUUCAAUGUCCCCAUCCAGGUCCAGCCGCAAUGUUUCAUGACCCUCUGCCUCAUCAGCUGGGCUCAGGUACUCGUCUACGGCCGCGGGUGGCGCCCCUGGACCGCGGCGCUUCUAGGCGUGGCCGUCGGCGCGGCGUGUGCCGGCGUCGAGGCUGCGUUGAUACUGACCAUUCGGCCACUUUAUCUCGCGGGCAAUGAAACACCGGUGCUGGUCGUGGGUAUAGUGGCAUCGAUACUACUCGCUGCAGGUCUGCUUCCGCCUUAUGUGGCGCAAAACACGUUUGAUGUGCUUGGAGGUGUACUAUAUAUCAUCUGUGUGAUACUAGAGCUUGGUAUCUUCAUCUCGCACAUUAUCUGGCUUAUCAGGACGUACAAGGUCCGGAAACAGGCAAAGGAGCAGGGCAAGACAUUCGACGACAUUGCAAUAGAGCACGAGGAGCAGAGAACCCCGUUUAGAUUCGCAGAGAGGAAGAGCAGGAAGGAGAGACGGGAUCUGCUCCCGAAUGGGGAGCUAGUGCAGGCCGUGGCCGGAGGUGAAAGCUCGGCGGACGACGCAGCGGAGCGCGGAGCUGGACAGAGCGGGAAGGGCAUACGAGAGAAGGAUCCUUGA